GGCGGAGGGAGAGGGAGAUCGGGGAGGCUGCGCAGACGCGCUCGCUGCCACCGCCGCCCUAGCCGGGCAUGUGCCGGCUUCUGCCGCAGCCGUGAUGGCCCAGGCCGGAGGGGAGGUCGCCCGGGAGCUGCAAGACAGCAUCCGGAAGUUCCUGAACCGGCCUCCCAUCCACCUGCUGGUGAGGGUGAAGCUAGAAACCAAGCCGAAGAAAAGCGAAGACAGGGUGCUGGUGCUCACCACUUGGCGAAUCUAUCUCUUUGGGCUAAAGGUACCAGCCAAGCUCGAAUGCUCGUUCAAUGUCCUGGAGAUCCGAGCCUUAAACGCACUGCAUCACAACCAGAUCCUGGUGGAGACGGAGAAGGCCAACUACAGCUUGAAAUUCCCCACCCCGGAAAGCGCUGACCAGGUCACGAGGCAUGUCAACACUUCCUUAGCCAAAAUCUUCCCUAGCCCGGCCUCUGUCUGCCUCAUACGCCAUGGGACCGUGGAGACCCCAGAGACGCCACGGGACAUGUCCCCCAACUCUGAAAGCUCCAGCUCCACGACGCACAGCAUUUGCGGAGGCUUUUCCGAAACCUAUGCGGCUCUCUGCGACUACAACGGACACUCUUGCCGCGAGGAGGUGCAGUGGGACGUUGACACAAUUUACCAUUCCGAAGACAACCGGGAAUUCAACCUCCUCGAUUUCUGUCACCUGGAAAGCCGGGACUUGGCUCUGAUCGUGGCUGCUUUGGCAUACAACCAGUGGUUCACCAAACUCUACUGCAAGGACUUGCGGCUGGGCUCCGAGGUCGCUGAGCAGGUUCUUCACACGGUGAGCAAAUCCCACCACCUAGAGGAGCUGGUGCUGGACAAUGCAGGGUUAAAAACAGAUUUCGCCCUGAAACUGGCCUGCGUCCUGGCGGAGAACCCAAACGCCGUCCUCCAUGCCCUCACUCUCUCCCACAACCCCUUGGAGGACAAAGGUCUCAGCGCCUUGAGCCAGCAGCUUCUGUGUUUCCCCAAAGGCCUCAGCAAACUUUGCCUUUCCAAGACCAGCAUCACUGCUAAAGGACUCGCCAUUCUGUGCCAGACCUUUGGAGCCAACCCAGCCUUCACCAGCUCCCUCCGCCAUCUUGACCUGAGCAAAAACCCAGGGUUACUGGGGACGGAGGAGGCGAAUGGCUUCUAUUCCUUCCUGGCCCAGCCCAACGCACUGGUUCACCUGGACCUCUCGUCCACAGACUGCGCCGUGGAUGCCCUCUUUGGGGCUCUGCUGCACGGCUGCUGCCCACGGCUUAGCUACCUCAACCUGGCACGGAACACCUUCUCCCACAGGAAAGGAAAGGGACUGCAGCCAUCUCUCAAGCAGUUUUUCUGCAGUGCCUAUUCCCUCACCUAUGUAAACCUGUCAGGCAUCAAAAUACCCGUGGAGGCAUUAAGGUCUCUUUUCCAAGGUCUGUCGGCCAACACCCACCUCAGCGAACUCCACCUGGACCUGAGUGGAUGUGAGUUGCGCUCCCCAGGGGCUCAAGUCCUUCAAGAGCAGCUGUCUGGAAUCAGCGCCUUGAGUAGUCUAGAUCUUUCUGACAAUGGCUUUGAUGCUGACUUGCUGACUCUCGUCCCGGCGCUGGGCAGGAACAAGUCUCUGAAGCACCUCUGGCUGGGCAAGAACUUCAAUGUCAAAUCCCGGACCUUGGAGGAAAUCCUUCAGAAGAUUGUGCAGAUGAUCCAGGAAGAGGAGUGUUCCCUGCAGUCUUUUUCCGUUGCCGACUCCCGGCUCAAAACCCGCACCAGCAUCCUGAUCAACGCCCUGGGCAGCAACACUUGCCUGACCAAAGUGGACCUGAGUGGGAACUGCAUGGAGGACAUUGGAGCCAAGAUGCUGUCGAAAGCCCUGCAGAUCAACAGCACGCUGAGGAGUAUUUCCUGGGAUAAGAACAAUACAACUGCACAAGGCUUUCAGGACAUCGCCAGGGCCUUGGAGAACAACUACACCCUCAAGUUCAUGUCCUUCCCCAUGAGUGACAUCACGGCGGCCUACCGAAACGCCCCUGAGAGGACGGACGAGGUGUGGCAAAAGAUCCAGUGGUGUCUCCUCAGGAACAACCACUCGCAGAAGUUCCCCCAGGACCAAGCCUUCCGCCUCCACCAGGGAAUCGUCACCAAUAGCGCCGAGCAAAUGAUGAGCCGCCUCUGUGUCAGGGUCCAGGAAGAGGUGCGGUUGCUGCGGACCUGCUCCGCCGACACGAUUCAGGAGGAAGUGCUCUACGCCCGGGAACUCAUGAAGGAAGCCAAGAACUCGCGGGCGCUCUUUCCCAGCCUGUAUGAGCUUGGGCACAUUUUGGCCAGCGACGGUCCAGUCCGGCACAGGCUAGAAUCAGUGGCCAACGAGGUCUCAAAAGCAGUCGACAAGGAACUGCAGGUGAUCCUGGAGUCCAUGGUUUCCCUCACCCAGGAGCUGUGCCCACACGCCGUCCAGGCGGCGGAAGAGCACAACAAGAUGCUGGCAGCCGUUUCGGAGCGCGUCACGGUGCCCCGAAACUUCAUCCGGGGGGCUCUGCUGGAGCAGGCUGGCCAGGACAUUCAGAACAAGCUCAACGAGGUCAAGCUGUCGGUGGUGACCUACCUGACCAACACCAUUGUGGAAGAGCUGCUGCAGGAGUUGUACUACGCUCACAAGAGUCUGGCCCAGCACAUCAGCCACCUCCGCCGGCUUUCCGAGGGCCAAGACAACGCCGCCCUCCUGGAGCAGGUUGGGAAACCCCGUCUCCACGACCACGAGGAGACCACGGACGACGAGCUGGGCUCCAGCAUUGACACCAUGGCCAUCAAGAGGCGGAAGAACUGCCGCAGGAUCCGGCCCGCUUCUGCCUUCAUUAGUGGUUCUGAGCAGGAUGGCGACCUGGUUGUGCCCAGGAUGGACUCCCCGCUGGGCUGGAUCUCGCUGGCCAGCAGCAGCCAAUAUUUGCAUUCCCGCAGCACGUCCUUCGAAGCGCUCUCCGACCUGCCGACGGAAGGGGCCCGUCUGGAACACCGCACGCGCAGCCGCCCCCGGCCGCCCCGUGCCGCCCCACAGGGCAGGUUCCGGCCCAAUAACCGAAUCCUGGGCUCUAUAGAGUCCCGAGAACAGGAGAACGGGUCGGUGCCCCGACUGGACGAGGGUCUCGAUGAAUUUUUUAACAGGAGGGUCCUUGCCGACAACACUGGGUACCCUCGGACGCCCAAGGGCUGUGGGGUGAGGCCGGGACCCUCCGACCCCCUCCCGCCCCUCCAGAAGAAGAGGAGGAGGGGCCUCUUCCACUUCCGCAAACAUCGCAGCAUCAAGGGGGAGCGAGACCCCGAGGACCUGCCCCCCAGCCCUCCCCCGCCACCCACGGGUGGGGACGACCAGAAGCCCCCGCUGCGCCCCUCGGGCAGCCAAGAGGAGGAGAGGCGGCUGGGGCAGGAUGGCCUGGGGGCGGCUGUGCCCCUUCCGGGAAUGGGGGUCCUCGGCCCCGGAAGUGGGGUGAAGGGUCUGCCCAGCAGGGCUAAGCAGAGCUCCAAUCCUGACACGGGGAGGGCGGAGCCAGACUCCAAAGGGGCGGAGCUCCUGCAGCCGUCGCGGGUCCAAGGCGUGGCCCUGCCCGGAAUGGGGCGUGCUAAGGGGUGGAGCCUGGAUGCCAAGCUGGAGAGCGUGGACCUGGGGCGAGGAGGCAGCUUGAGGGAGCAGCAGAGAAGGCGCUCUUCGGACGACUCAGGGCAAGCGGGCUGGAGGCCUCACCCCCCAUUGCAGAGCACCAAGCCAAGCUUUGCCACCAUUCGCCGGGCAGAAGCAAGCUGGGACAUAGCUGAAGAAAGCUCGCCGAGGGAGAACAGGGGACAGGAACCCCUCAGAGACACCCCCCCAGAAGAAACGGACGAAAGGGCCAUUGCCGUGGCAACACCGACCUCCGAAAAGGACCGACCGACGCCGCCAGCCAAGCAAUUCAGGGAUCCCCCGCCCGCCCCUCGGCCUCCCAAGCCCGUCGCCCUCCCCCGGGGCCGGAAGCCCCCCAGCCAGCCCGAGAGGAGCCGCAGCAACGAGGAAGCAGGCGGCGCAGGAGGAGGGGCAGUCCCGGAGGAAACACGUACGUCCCCCCCAAUUGCCCAACCCCGACGCAGAGCCGAGGAGCGGGAGAACGAAGGGGACCCUGAGGUGGGAAGGAAGGCAGCCCCCCUCAAACCAAAGAGGACGCGGCGGGCGCAGUCGUGCGACAAGCUGGAGUCGGAUCGGGGCCGAAACCCAGGCUCUGGAGGUGCCAGCGACACACCCCUGCCUGACCCCCCUCCCGCCCCCCCUGAAUGUGGCCUGCACAGCUGGAACGCCCGCCCCGCUGUUUCCUACCCUCUCCUUCCUCCGGACCGGACCGCCGCUCCCUCUUUCUUCAGGAACUCCCGAAUCUGGGACAGAAUGAUGGACAGGAGAUCCCUCGACGUCGCCGCAACUGCCGGAAGCUGCGAUGCCCUUUCAUCUCCUGGUGGAACGAGUGAAGAAACAUGAGAGAGGGGGGCAGAGGUUUUGGGGGUCCUCCUCCCGCUGCCCUCAGCUCUCCCCCUCAGAAGAGGGGCUGACCUCCCGCCCUAGAGAAACUGUCCGUCGGGACCUGUUGGGUCUCCAGUGCUGCUGACCCGACCCCAACCACCCUUCCUCCUUCCCCGCCCUCCUCCGUUUGUGCCUGUAUCCUUCCCUCGCUUCUGGGUCGGAGCCACCCCCCCGACCCUCGUGCCCCAGAGGGACUAGGGACACCGCCGCCACCCCUUUUGAAAAUCGGGGGGGGGGGGUGAGAAAGAGAAAAGCCACAAUGAACCACCCCCCUCCCACCUCCUGCUCCCUUUCACCCAUAAUACUUGGGGUGUUGUCGAGACUUGGGUGAAAUAUGCACCAUUUUCCCCUGCCCCCCCAAACGCCUUUGCUGCCCCCCUUCAAAGUCCUCUCCAUAAUCUGCCGGCCCCUCGCAUUUCGCGCCUCCUCCCCUCCUCCCUUACAUUCUUACCGUUCUAUUUUAAGCUUGUACAAAAGGGAAAGAGAAAGAGAAUCAUAAUAAAUUAUAUAUGGAAAUAAAUAAAAGCGAGAA